CAAGGGUGCCCAUGCGCUCAGGGGUGUGCACGGUGGCCUAGCUGGGCUUGGGUUUGGUUUGGCUAAGUGAGGUUGGGGUUGGAUGUCACUGCAGGAGCCUCCCAGGGGCAUUUGACCCCAAUCCAAGGUCUUCCUGGCCACAGCCUGGGCAACAGCAGUGUGGUGCCACCCCCUGCAGUGGCGCCUUUGCUCAGGCAUCCCAUGCUGGAGUUACAGUGCCCCAGGUGGCCUUGGCAUGGUGGUGCUGGUACCAAGUAGCCUGCCCGUGUGUGCUGGGGUUUCCCGGAUUCCUCAAGUGCCUCUUUUAUUUUGCAGCGCUGGAAUGGAGCCACUGCAGGGCCCUCUGCCAGCUCUGCCCGCCCACCCCAUCCCUGCUGCCGCCAGACCAGGGCCAGCUGCCUUCCUCUGAGGCACUCUGAAGGGGAGCUGGCGAGAGAAGAGUCACUUUUAAGAUGACACGAACCGACCCACCUGACAUACUGGUGUCUACGGUGUACCAAGACAUAAAGGUGGCCUCCACAGCCCCCAGGGAUUCGAUCGUCUGCCAGCCCCUGGCACGAUGUGACGCCUUCAUGUCCUCAUCCCUGCCCCGCGAUCCGCAGCCCUUCAACAAGCGCCACUGCAGGAGCUUCGACUUCCUUGAGUCGCUCGACGACCAGCUGGGCACCCCCGUGGCCAUGGAGCACCCUGGCCUGCGCCCGGGCACCCCUGAGCCUGCGCCGGGGCGACGAGCUCCACCAAAGCCGGACGGUUACGCCGGCAGGGCUCCGCUGGCGGCGAAGGAAGGGCCCAAGGAGCCGUCGGUUCGGGGCGAGGCGAAGCGGCGAGCCCGAUCCAAGAGAGGUCCCCGGGUGAAAUCCACCUUCACAACGGCAGCCCCUCGGGGGCGGGCGUACCAGACGGUGCCAGUGCCCUCCUCGCGAGACUACAGGGAGUACCCCGAGAGGGGCUGCAUGACCUUCGCCGCCCCCAGCGUCCCCACCAAGUUCUUCUAUGCCGAGGAGCCCGUGCGGUGCCCCAGCCCGGCCAUGCCCCUCAAGAGCUCCGGCUACGCCAGCUACCCUUACCCCCGCCGCCACGGACCCCCGCAGCACUUUUACCCAGAGGAGCCAACCAAAGUGAACGUCCACACCAUCCCACCCCGGACACUGUACGUGGAGGAGGCACGGAGCUACCCCAUCCAGGAGCCCCCUGCCCACGCUUUCUAUGGAGAUGACCCUCGCUUCUAUGCCCCGCGUGGCACUCCCAUGAAAACGCUAUACACCGAGGAUGCCAGGACAUACCCUGCCCUUGGUUCUUCCGCCAGGGUCUUCUACGCUGAGGACUAUGGGAAGUACCGCGAGCGGGAGGCCGUUUCGCGGACAUGCCCCCAUCCACGCAGCACCCAGCCCUUGCACUUCAGUGACUGGUACUGCCCCGAGCGGAGCACGCUGCCCUACCAAACUUUGCAGAUGUCACGGUUCGCCCCACAACCACCUGGGCGUGAGGCCAUGCUCUCCUCCUGGCAUGCCAGCUACAGCACAAACCCCUCACGGCUGGGCAGGGAGAGCCAGCACUACUCCAAAUCCUGGGACAACAUCCUGACGCCCAUUGUCCGCCGGGAGGACCCCCUGCUCCGCGGGCGCAGCUACGAGAACCUGCUGGCCCAGGAGCAGCAACGUGCCUUAUCCCCUGACGACCGGCGGCAACCAGUGGUAAUCAACCUGUCCAGCUCGCCCAAGCGCUACGCCGCCCUGUCCCUCUCGGAAAACUCCAUCAUCGAGAGGGUGCAUGCAGACGGUGGCCGCUACCCCAUGGGCCGCUCCUGGUACGUCACGCCGGAGAUCACCAUCACUGACAAUGACAUCCGUGCCAACGGCCUCGGCAAGAGCGAGAGACGCUCAGCCAGCUGGGACGUGCUGGACUCAGGGCGGGAGGGCAACUGCCCUUACGCCAUGCCCUACCACCCAGACCCUGUCGCCAAAGAAAGUGCCCAAAGCAAUUCGGCCCGCCAGCGCAGCCUGGAGCAGCUGGACGAGCUCAUCACUGACCUGGUCAUUGACUACAAGCCAGCGCCCAGCCACCGCGCUGGUGACAGAGACAGCGUCGCCGACCAGCUCAAAAAGCUCAUCAACAGCAGCGCUCCAGGGCACCCCAGGAAAGCAGAGGUCAGGAAGGCCCCUGCCUGCACGCCCGAGGCAAACCGGCCCAUGAAGGAGCAGCCAGGCCCCAGCUCCUUCUGCAGUGACCCUCGCCGUGAGCGGGGCAGCCAUGGGCUUCCCACGUCCGUCUCCAGCGGCAGCUUUGAGAAGCACCUGGACAACUGCUCUCCGGACUUGAGUGCCGAGGAGGAUGACAUGAUGAUGUGCUCAAAUGCCAAGUGCCGGCGGACGGAGACCAUGUUCAACGCCUGCCUCUACUUCAAGUCCUGCCACAGCUGCUACACCUACUACUGCUCCCGCAACUGCCGCCGUGAGGACUGGGACACGCACAAGGAGAGCUGCGUCUAUGGGCGCGUUGGCAGCAUCUGCCGUCACGUGCUGCAGUUCUGCCGGGAGAACGCCGAGGUACACAAAGCCUUCUCGCGCAUCGCCAAGGUGGGCUACCUCUCCCGAGGACGUGGCGUGCUCUUCUUGGGCUUCCCCAAUUCAGGCUCAGCAGAGAACUUCCUCCAGUUUGGCUUGGAGAGCUUGCUGAUGUCCCCCACAUACCUGUCUCUGCGGGAGCUGGAGAGCUAUUCGGAUAACCUAGGGGAAUAUGCUCGGGAGCUGCGGGAGACUGGCAACCAGUAUGACCCUGAUGAAUGUUUCCUCUUGAAUGUAACUGUGGCCGUUGCCCAAAAAGUGCCAGAGAGGCCAUCUCCGAAGAUCCAGGUGCCGACGGUCAGGAAAUAUGCCAAGGUGGCCUUAGCCUCAUCCAGCCCCGAGAAGAAGAUCUUGAAGAAGGAACGGGACAUGGAGACCUUGAUCCUGACCCCGCCACCCGGCACGGCGGACAUCGACAAGGAGGGUGAAGAAGGGCGCAAGGCGCGGGAGGUCUGCUUCAUCAACAUCCAGCGGGAGCUACGCAUCCGUGGUGUCUUCCUGCGCCACGAGUUCCCCAAGAUCUAUGAGCAGCUCUGUGACUUCGUGGAGAGCAACAAGCGUUUCACCCCCACGACCAUCUACCCCAUCGACAAGAGGACAGGCAAGCAGUUCAUGUGCAUGAUCAUGGCUGCUUCGGAGCCCCGCACCCUCGACUGGGUGGCCAGCCCCAACCUCCUGGAUGACAUCAUGUGAACGGGGCCAUGGGGCCCCCUCCUGAUGGCCCCCUACUUAUUCCCCUUUGUAGAUAUGUGUUUUCUCGUGGGCGCACUGAUGCAGUGGGGCUGGAUAGCCCUCUGGCUCCCUGUGAUGCAUCUUGGUGCCAGUGCUGGGGGGAGCGCAAAAGAAGGAUGCUGCCAUGGAGGGAUCCAUGGACUCUGGGCGUUGUGGAUCGCCAGCAUUUGCUGAGGUGGGCUGGAUCCAGAGCCUCUGGGAUCCUGGGGCCCUGGCUGGGCUGGAGGAGGAGCGUGAUGUAGUGGAACCACAGGCUGAGGGCUGCCAUGGAGCAUGGGUCAUUG